AUGAAUCCAAACACGGAAAUAGAUGAAAGAUCAAAUAAGUCUGACACCGAAAGAGUCAUUGAAGUUUCAAAUAACGGUAGAUUCGCAAAGCUGAAUACUUUUUUGGGCAAAGGAGCUUUUAAGGUCGUUUACAAGGCAAUUGAUAGAGAAGAAGGCUACGAGGUAGCAUGGAACGUACUUCAGGUAUUGUUUGUUACAAGACAAGAAGUGAAGGCUCUGGGUCAUGAAAUCGAGAUUUUAAAGUCAGUUAGACAUCCAAACAUCAUUACAUUUCAUGAAGCUUGGUAUAAUGAAUCUGAAUUUGUAUUUAUCACUGAGUUGAUGACAUCGGGAACACUACGGGAAUAUAUUCGAAAAUUGUCUCCUCUGCCAAAUAUGAAGAUUGUAAAGAGAUGGUGUCGACAAAUCUUGAAAGGUCUAGUGUAUUUACAUGGUCACCAACCUACGAUUAUUCAUAGAGAUAUCAAAUGUGAUAAUAUCUUUAUCAAUGGUGCUCAUGGAGAAAUUAAAAUUGGUGACAUGGGUACAGCAGAAAUGAAAGUUGAUAAGAAGUACACUGUAAUUGGAACGCCUGAAUUUAUGGCACCUGAAAUGUAUGAAGAAAAAGGAUAUAAUGAAAAGGUUGAUAUAUAUGCUUUUGGUAUGUGUCUUUUGGAAAUGGUAACAGGCGAAUACCCCUAUAAUGAAUGUACAAAUGCUGCUCAAGUUUUUAAGAAGGUCACCCAGACAAUCAGACCUGAAUGUUUAUCAAGAGUGCAAGACCCUGAAGUGUUAACUCUUAUCAAUAAUUGCUUGGCUUCAGAACAUGAUCGUAUGUCUGCUUUGGAGAUACUUGAACAUUCAUUCUUGGCUGUUGAACCCGAGGUUGUGCUAUUGGCUACAGAUAUCACCAUGAAACAAUUGACCCUCCAGGUUGUCUUCAAGGGAAUGGAUAAAUUAUCUGUCAAAUUUGAAUUUAACGCCGAUACAGAUACAGCUGAAGAUGUAGUAGCCGAAAUGAUUGAAGAACAGGUUUUACCUGAAAAAUACCAACAAUUAAUAACAGGAGAUAUCAACAGAUUACUUCGAGAUCUAAAUAAACAACAAAAUUCAGCUGCUGAUAAGAUUGAAGAUGAUCGUAUGGUUUGGAGAAGAGAAAACGAUAUCCGCUCAGAAUUAGAACGUGCUAAAAAAGACUUGAUGGCUGCAAGAGACAAAAUUUUAGAUGUUGAAAAAAAAUGUGAUAGUUUUGAGCAAAGAACACAACUCGCCGAAGAAAGAUAUAAAGAUACCAUUACAGCAUUAGAACAAGCGAGAUUGGCUAGUGAAUUGGAUCACGAAAUAGAAUUGCUAAACACUACUCCCUCGUCUACAUAUAAUACCAUACAAGGUCCUGAAGAUCAUGCUCCUAUGGACUCAUCAGGUAAAUAUAUCAUCACGGACUCUAUAUUGCAAACCACUAAUUCACAUACAGAAUAUCCCAAUGAUACAAGUAUCGAGACAUUUGUGCUAGAAACUGCUGCUGCAUCUAAUCGUAAUAAGGAUAAGGCUUUAGAAUGGGUCCAUAAACUUCAAAACCAAGACAUCAUGACAGUAGGCGAUCUUCGAGAUUUACAUGAUGAAGACUGGGCUGGGUUCGGGCUUACUGUAUUUGCCCUUCGAGCUUUAAAAAAUAUGCUUGUUGGCCGAAAACAAACAUUUCAAAGAUCCAGGGCAACAUCAAGUGGUACAAAUACACCCAUCGAUGAACAAGAGCAAUUUCUAUAG